AUGAAAAAUAAAUUGGCACGACUUGGUCUUGAAUUAUCUUCAGAUGAGGAAGAAGAGGAGAAAGAAGAUGAGAAAAAGGAAAAUGGAGAAGAAAAGGAUGAGGAAGAAAAAGAGGAUGGGGAAGGGGAGCAAAAUGAUGAGGAGGAAGACAAAGAAGAAGAGGGAAAGGAAAAAAAAGACGGGGAAGAGGAUGGUGAUAAUAGUAAUGAAUCUUUUGAAACGGCUAAGGAUAUAAUUAUGGUUAAAGACGAAAAUAUUGAAGCUUUCGAACGCUACGCAUCAAAAAUGAGUAAAAAUAGUGACGAUAAGAAGAAGGAGGAGGGUAAAAUUGAAAAAGAAGAUGGUAGGGAGGAGGUUUUCAGAGGUUACCGCUUCCCUCAUAGUGAGGAUAAGGAGGAGGAGGAUAAAAUUAAAAAGGAAGUUAAUGAAGAAGACAAUGAUUGGGAAGAAACUUAUAGACGUUACUGCUUAUCAAAAAUGAGUGACGAUAAUGAGGAGGAUAAAAUAGAAGAAGAUGAUGGUAGGAAAGAGGAUUAUAGACGCUACUGUUUAUCAAAAAUGAGUAAAAAUAGUGGCAAUGAGAAGAAUAAAAUUGAAGAGGAAGAAAGUGAUGAUGAAAUGGAAAAUGAUGAAGAAGAAAAAUUGGAGGCAGAAGAAAAGUUGAAUAAUUCUAUGAAUUCAAGUCCUCUUAAAAAUGGAAGUUGUAAUAAUAAACGUUUGCAUACAAGUACGUCUAAUUCAUUGGAAAUGCCGCAAUCAAGCAAAAUGAAACGUGUAUUGAGCUACAUUGAGGAACAAGCACAAGAAGAAGGAGAACAUGGAGGAGUAGCUGGGCCUUCAACAAGUUGGCCGACUCAAUAUUUACAUCAAAGACCGGCUCCUUAUUUAAACAAGAAACAGGCUCCUAUUUCUAAUAAUACAACUCGAGAAGAAGAGGAGAAUGUUGCAAGAAGAGGAGAAGAAGAGGAGGCUAAGGUAAAAUCAUUGAGGGGAGAAAAGUUUAUAAUUUUUUUGGUGAGUUGGGGAAAUUUUUUUUAGUAGUUUAUGAGUCCAAGGCUCCAAAAAAGGGUACUUUUUAGUUCUGCCCCUUCCCCGCUCUCAUAUAUUCGAAAUUGGCCUUGUGGUUGUUUGGUCUACUCCCGAAAAUUAUUUUCCGAUUUUUUUACUAAAUGAAAAAAAUUUUUAUGCCUUACUGGCUUCAAG